AUCCCAUCUCCAGUCCUCCACGCCGAGAUCCCCGUGCGCCUCCUCCCCGCGAUCCACCCUCCACCGGCCGCCGCGCGCCACCCGAGCAGCGUCUCCUCCGCGCGGCCCCGCAGCGCGUCGCGUCGCGCCGCAGCCGAUCGGCGCCUCCACGGGUAUUGCUGCUCCACCUACACAUCCUCCUCUCUGAACAUCUCCUCACCCUGUUGCCAUGCAGGAGGUGUAACCCUGCUCCCUCUUCUUCCUCGUGACCUAAAACAGAAAAAGUCCCGCCCUCCUGCCAGUCCAGAUGUCAGACCCUGACGCCUCCUCCACGGCAGACCGCCCGCUGCCGCUGCCGCUGCCGCUGCCGCUGCCGCUGCCCUCCCCCCGGACCUCCCUGCAGUUCUCCUUCCCCUUCCAGAGGGAGGGCAGUCGGGUUUGGGAGAGGGAGAGGAAACCUCCGCAGCCCAGAGAGCUUCCCAGCCCGCUGCCCACCAAGCGCACCCGCACAUACUCAGCGACAGUGCGAGCCAAAUCAGGUCCGGUCUACAAAGGGGUGUGUAAGAACUUCUCCAGGUCCCAGGGCCAUGGAUUCAUACGCCCCUCCCACGGCGGGGAGGACAUCUUUGUCCACAUCUCCGACAUCGAUGGGGAGUACGUGCCUGUGGAGGGGGAUGAGGUCACGUACAAGGUGUGCCCCAUCCCUCCCAAGAACCAGAAGAUCCAGGCUGUGGAGGUGGUGCUCACUCACCUGAAUCCAGUCACCAAGCACGAGACCUGGUCGGGUCAGAUCAUCAGCUCCUAGGCGCCGGGCUGAGGGAGGCUGUUUUUUGGGGGGUCGGGGGCCGGUAGUCAAGCUUUGAAUGUAUAUUUUGAGUGUUUCGCUUCGACGGCCAUCGUGUUUUAACUUAGAAAGUUAGCGCUUGGUGGUAGAUUUUAUUUUACUUACUAAAUAUAGAUCCGAUGAGGUCAGAAGACGCCAGAGAGGAUACCGGACUCUGUUUUGCUGCUUUGGCACGCUAACAAGUAAAAAGCUCAAUGAAGCUCAGAAUUUCAAUCCCGCUCUGGUCUUCCUUCUUUCUAUAAGCCGCUGACCGAUACAAGAGGUGCCAGCACUGCCAGAAGUCACCUGGCAAACAUGCGAUUAAAGAAAUCCACAAUCCAGCCAUAAUAUGUCGAGUUUACAAAGGCUGAUGGGAAUGGGGGCCUCACUGAAUCAAGAGGACAUUACAAUAACGUCCGUGUCCCGUCAGGCUUAUAGGACAGCUGCUCAGACCUGCCUUCAUCUCUCUGCCUUUGGAAGACAGCAGCUUGUUAGCUUGCGUGGCUAACGGAAGGAAACAAUCGAUGCACUCAGAGUGACACAAACACGAAUGGCUCUUAACGCUCGAGAGCUCUUUGAAUAAGGAAAGAUUUACCUUCUUAAUAUCGCAGCACUACUUUAUUUUGUCUACUUGAAAUCCUUUUUUUUUUUGUAGCCAUCUCCUAUGACGGUUGUGGCGGCAGAGACGGCGGCUGUAGGCCGGCCUGCCGCCGGGACGCGGGGCCCGAGGGGAGUCGCAGGGGGAGGACGGUCGGGGAUACGGGCAGCGGAUGGAGUGAUUAUCUGUAGACGUACUGGAGCAAUGAUGCAGCAUGAACCUAAAAAGGACACAAAGCAUGUGUAAUGAGGCCGUAAUAAAGUCAAAUAAGCGCGUAACGGGAAAUAGGAAUCGCCACAUGAGAAUUUAAAGAGGUGGUUCUGACGGAGAUGAACUGCUUAGUUUUAGGUGUAAAAUUGAACGUGGGAAAGAAACAAACUUUUAAAAAUACAUUUAUUGACUUAUUUAUUUUCUUUUGUAACUACGAGACCAUCAGGGUUAGUAAAAGCUGUGUUUAAAGUACUUGUGCUAAGCUACGCCUAUUUAAAUACACUGCACACCUCACUCUAAUGAUACUACCCCGUUAAUGCCCCUUUGCUGCUCCUCAUGUAAUCAUUGCCCACAAUGAUUUUGUCUGAUUUUUAAUGGUGUUUCUAACAAAAAAAGCAGUUUGGUUGUUUUGGAAAUUGGUUCUGUGCCUUUUGGUUGUGACUUUUUUAAAAGGUAGAAUGUGUGGAUUCUGUUUGGUCGCGCGGGACCACAUCUGCUCCCCCGAGCACCUUCGGUGUGUCCGCGCGCGUGAAUUAACCUUUAAGCAACACACAUCUGUCUGGUUUCCGUCCUGUGAGACCAACACGUUUGAUUGUGUUCUGUCCAAUCACUGUAACGUCUUUUGAAUAAAAACGACUGCAGAAUUCA